GAUGUGAAGAAUUCUGUUCAGCUGAAAUGGAGAAGACUCAGAAGAGCUUCACUCUCAUUCAGACUGUGGCCACCGCUGGCAUUUUCUCUGCGAUCUCGUUUUGGUACGGUUUCAUGUUCGGCAGAGAGUCCUCUCGCAAAGAGCUUGGUGACUUAAUCGAAGAUCUCCGUCGGGGAAACCCUUCCUCCGGUUCUCAUUCUUGAAUCGGUAGUUCUCGUCUCUCUUCGUGGGUAUCAGCCUGAAGCGAUGUGAACGACUUUGAUGAGUUGGCUGGUUACGAGGCGAUUCCUGGAUCAUGUUCAGCGGCAUGUUUCAUACACUCCUUGGCUAAUUUUGAAAGACUUUGCAAUUCUUAUCUGGGCAUAAGUCUAUUUCCCGUAGUCUUUAGAUUCCGCACAAGUCUUGGUUUGUACUUUGUGUGCUUUCAAAAUACACUGGACCUCUGCCUUGACAAUAUUGUAAGUAGUGUUAAAUGUAGGGGUUGAAUGUUUCACAUUUAACUGUGGGAGAAUACGCUAACUUAUUGAAUACGCACAGCUCUAUAUGUUGAGUUUUAAUGAUUUCUAUUCGUGAAA